UAACACAAUAUCGUAGCAAGUAGCAGAUCCCUUCUUCGUCGACGACCAAGCAUUCCACACUCCGUCGGACGCCGUCCGCUGUUGUCAGCCCUGCGUGGUUGUUCUCGAGUAAGUAGUGAAGAAGGUUCGAACUCUAGGGCUUUCCCGAAAUCCGGCGAGAUUGAUCUGUUCAAUCUGGCUUGGAAUCUAGGUUUGAGUUUAUUCCCCGAAUAUCUGUUCCCUGCGUGGUUGUCCGUGCUUUGUUUUAAUUUUUUUCAUUUAAAUUCGGCUUUGAAUCUGGUCGUGUUAUCAUUUGAACAUUGACGCUUUUAGAAUUACGGAAUAUUUACAGGCUGAGUUUAAUUUAUAUUUUUGUUAGUUUUAGCUUCAAAGUCAUGUAAGUGGCUAGUAUACUUCAGCCCUCUUCAUUUGAUUAACUAGAGUCUUGUAUGCUUUGGAUUGUGUUGUUUGCAACCUUGGAUUUAUUGUGUACUGGCAUUCUGUUUAUUAAUAUCUUUGUAUUAUCAUUGAUUUAGAAAAUUCUCAAGGUAACAAAAUAAGGGAAUAUUCUGAGUUUUUUGCUUGGAUUCUCUACUCUGCCAGCUCUCUUUGUUUGAUUCUGUGAUAGUUUUGAAGCAUUAUAUUAUAUGUAUUUAAUUUAUCGAAUUUUUGCCCGUGUUUUUGUGAUUUGGUUGUCAAUGAUGAAGCUGAAAUAGUUUUAGCUAGACAUUGCUUAUCGCUUAAACUGUUAUUUAAGUUAUCAAAAUAAGAUAGAGUUAUGGCUAUUUUCAAGAUGAUGUAUUGUCCAAAAUGCGUUUAAGUGGAUUUCAAUAAUUCACUCACGUGUGAAGAUUAGACAGACUCUUUGAUUAAUUGCUUUAAGGAUAAUUUUUCGUAGACUGUUUCUUGAAUUAUUAUAUUAUGGUAUUGCCGUUAAUUAAAAAAAAAAAAAAGUUUGGCAAUGCUGAGUGAAACGUAAACGUUGAUGAAUUAAGAGGGCAGCAUAUUUGCUGGCAAGAGCUGGUAAAAUUUUAGCAGAUUGUUGGAUGCUAAUUUUUUCUGUCUUCUAAGAAUUCAUCAAAUCAUGUCAUUAAGGCUGAUCUCAUGGUCCACCAUGGUCAGACCUGUUACCUCUGACCAGAUUUCUUUUCAAUUCACUUAAGGGGGGGUAAUUCUGUGAUCUUGCGCUGAAUCUAGGAGUGUGGAGAAUAGAGCAUGCCUCGUAAAACUAGUUGCAGAGCCCCAAAGAAGUCUGGAAAUGACUCAAAUUUAAGCUUACCUUAUCCAGAAAAAGACUGUUAUGAAGGAGAGCGUCUCACCAAUUUGUUGCAAUCAAUUCAUAGGGAGAUCAAAUCAGCGAGAACAAUCGAUGGAAAUUCUUUACCGGAGAAAAUAUGGCUAAAGCAACAAUUUUCUGUGGGCGUCAACGAUGUUACCCGUGUUCUUGAGCGCAUGACACCAUGUACUGAACUGCAAAGCUCUUCUCAGCUCUCUCCUUUAAUCAGCUGCAGUAACAGAGCAUCUUCAGUCAAGCUUCAGGUUGUGCUAGUAGCUUUUGACUGUAAUCCACGAUGGCUGGUAAAGCAUCUGCCAAGCUUGGCUUCGUCAAGGAAAGUGCCCCUGAUCUUCGUUAGAGAUAACAAAAAAGGUUCUUUGAGAUUAGGUGAACUUGUAAAUCUGAAAACUGCUAUUGCUGUUGGCGUCAAGGCUAGAGAAAACACGAUCAACAAAGUCUUGGAGAAAAUCCUCCAACAGGAUGGAGUUGAAGCUGGACCUGAUUGUCCAAGUUCAGCUGAAACAUCUGAUGCGUAGUAGGCUCUUGGUCAGAGAAAAUCAAAUUUUGCUAGGUUUUAAUCUCAAAAAAAAAAAAGUCUUCCAGACUUGAGUCUAAGUUGCAGCGUAAGUGGCCUUUUCUUCUCGUCACAUUUGUUAAAGAAAAUCUAAUUUUAAAGUACAAGGCAGAGUUCGUAUAGACGAGCCUCAAAGCCGGCUCCAUUUUAAGCAUUUUAUAA